AUGCCUCAAGCGUUGGCUAAACUUUCAAGGUUUUCAAAAAUGAACGAGGAAGAUGCCGAAGGCUCAGUGGCAAGGGGAACAUUGGUGUAUUUUGUAAACGGCCCGUGGGAAAUCAUCCGAUUGAAAAGGUCCGUAAAAACCACUGGUCAGCAAUUAAAUAAAACUGCACCCCCUCGCGGCACCCGAAAGGACGCACUGCAGAGGCCAAUGACGUUGAGUUUUCAGGAAAAAACCAUUUUUCCCUUUUUUUUUUAUUAUAUUGUUAUUAUUAUUGUGCCAUUGGUCGCUUGCUUUCCUAUGGGCUAUGAGAGUGGUUAA